UAUCUACAUCGUCGUCAGUAGGACACAAAUAUCAACCAUGGUUUUGAAUACACAUAGCUUUCGCGCUUUACGUGUUCGGAGCAACACUUUAUCCUCAACAUGGCUUGCCCUGCGCCAAUCAAGUUCUACACAUUCAAAAACAAACCGUCGACGCGUUGUGAUAACUGGUCUGGGAGUAGUUUCACCAGUUGGCUGUAGUGUUGAGACCGCUUGGCGCACGAUUCUGUCGGGUCAAUCAAAAAUCGGACGAUUAGUUGGAGAAACAUUCGACAAGCUACCGUGCCGGGUUGCGGCCACAAUCGAUAAAAAUGACGUUGAUUUGGAUAAGUGUUUCCCGAAAAGUGAGCUGAAGACUAUGGCAAGAUCUACGGCAUUUGCAUUGAUCGCAGCCAAAGAGGCAUUAACUGUGGCUGGCUGGAAGCCGCCGGUUGAAGAUGAAGUGGCUUGUCAACGGACGGGCGUUGCUAUCGGCAUGGGUAUGGUCGAUUUGAUGGAUAUCUGUGAAACGAAUGACGCCCUCAAUAAGGGCUACAAUCGAGUAAGUCCCUUUUUUAUUCCUCGAAUCUUACCAAACAUGCCCGCCGGUCAGCUUAGCAUACGGUACGGAUUCAGAGGACCAAAUCAUGCCGUUUCUACGGCUUGUGCAACUGGCGCACACUCAAUAGGGGAUGCUUUUCGGUUCAUCCAACACGAUGACGCAGACGUGAUGGUAUGUGGCGGAGCCGAAGCAUGCAUUAGCCCUUUGGGUAUUGCUGGUUUUUGUAGAUUACGAGCACUAAGUACCUCGUUCAACGACGAACCAACCGCUUCCUCGAGACCGUUUGAUGAACAUCGAGAUGGCUUCGUGAUGGGGGAAGGUUCGGCCAUUUUAGUACUGGAAGAACUGGAGCAUGCAAAAAGCCGAGGAGUCCCAAUAUACGGGGAGAUACUGGGUUACGGGUUGUCUGGGGACGCGUCACACCUUACGGCCCCACGAGAAGACGGCACAGGAGCGAUUCUGGCGAUGACACGAGCAUUAACGGAUGCCAACGUUACGGUAGCCGACAUUGGUUACGUUAAUGCGCACGCUACGUCCACCCCAAUUGGGGACGCAAUAGAGGCUCGUUCGAUAAGGACACUGUUCGGAGAGCACACGAAAACGAUCGCUGUAUCAUCGACGAAAGGAGCCCACGGUCAUCUACUCGGAGCUGCUGGCAAUAUCGAGGCUCUUUUUACGCUGCUGGCGUGCAAGCACGGCGUGUUUCCUCCAACCGUUAAUUUGAAUAGCAUCACACAAGACAUGGCUGGAUUGCGUUACGUUGCCAAUAAAUCGGAGCCAUGGGAAAGCGAACGCCGAAGGGUGGCCUUAAAGAACUCUUUUGGAUUUGGUGGUACUAAUGCAUGCUUGUGUAUCGGCGAAUAUAAGGAAUAAAGUAUCU